AUGUUGGAGAAAGGAAGAGCUUUGCUUUGGUCCAGAAUGAAGGGUUAUCGGCAGCCCGUUCUAGAACUUCGGACCGUUGACCAUGCACUCGCCGACAGGUUCGAGACGGUCAGCGAUCAGUUGGAGAAACUUGCCACGUCACAAUCACGUUUGGCACCCGAUGCGUUAGAACCUGCUCCACGAUUUGGCGCUGCGCGGGAUAAAAAGUUGAAGCAGCAGCGUGUUCUGUCGGCUGAAUGGGACGACAUAGUCAAACAUAUACGCCAGAUUGAAGGGUUUUCAGACUUUCUACAGCCAGUGCCCUUUGAACGUCUCAAGCACGCCGCUGCGGAAGGGCCUGUCAUCGUAGUCAACGUCUCCUCGUACCGAUCGGAUGCUUUGAUUAUUCGAGAUAUCGCUUCUGGCCCCACCCUCGUUCCCCUCGCGGACUCAUUAUAUGACGAAGUCGGGGAGUUCUCUGACCAGCUCGACCAAGCUCGAGAAUCCUCUGCACUCGCAUUGUUAACCAUCGUCGAGUUCGUUUUGCGUUCUGUUUUUAUGUGCGUUUCGAGGGCACGCGGUCCUAGUGCGGUCCCGACGAGUGUUUCCAGAAUAAAAAAAGCUGCACUGCGCACGGUCGAUUCUACCAGUCGCACGAACACUCCACGACCAACAGAAACCCGCCAGAUCAUCACACGUGAACCCACUUGUCAUUGCUUUAAUAAAUAA